AUGAAUAUAGAAGGAUUGCAAGAAAAUAAUAAGGAUAUAUAUACAUCUGUUGUUGUUCACCCUUCCCGUCCCGCAACAAAUGCGGGACGGGGCCUACCCCCAUUCCUGUGGCCAGCCCAACCUCUCUCCCCAGCGCACCAACAGCCCUGCCACCUUGAUGGGAGAGCUCCACAAAACCAGGAGCAACAAGGGCAGGACCAGCUCCAAGCAGCCGAACAGGUGGGAGUUGAUGGUGUUGGAGGCGCCACACAUACGAGUGAAGAAGGCUCCGUAAAUGUUAAAGAAACAGCACCCGUGCCCAUCACCGAAGACUUGAAGCCCACGGCAAGUGAGAGUGAGCGUGAGCAAGCCGAACACUCCAUCAACGUCCGCCGCGGGGAUGGCACGAAUUUGAGAGAAGAGGGUCAUUAUCCCGUGGAUGGUCAAAAGAAAUUGUCCAUUUUCAAUUUUAUGAACUUCAAAAAAAGUUCCGCACGCAACGGAAGUGAGGAAGAUGUUAGAAAAUUGACUUCUACCUUCCAACAAGUAGGCUAUGAAGUAGAGGCAUAUGAAGACCAAAGCAAAGCAGAAUUUUUUGCCACUCUGUUGAAAAUUGGCAAAAACGAAGAACUUGCGCGCUACAAGCUUUUCAUGUUGGCAAUAUUGAGCCAUGGGAAGCGAUCUGACGGCCGGCAGUUCGUGGCUGCUGACGAGAGCAGCAUCAGCAUUGAUGAAGUCAGGUCGUACUUCAAUGACCGUCACUGCCUCCAAUUGAAGGGCAAACCGAAAAUUUUUUUGCCAACAUUUUGUCGUUCACUGCCCGAGAUUCCUCAGAGUUCCUCAGAAACAUCUAUUGUUGAAACUGAAGAACCUCAGGGCAACUUCAUGGAAAUUGAUAUGCCUUCAGCUGGAACCUUUCAACUUGGCUCACAAGGCCAGCCAAAUGUCACUAGUGAAUCUGGUGAUUUUGAAACAGAAGCUGCGAACAAAAAUCUAAAGCAGCUCGCGCAUUUGUUGCAUUGUGACGAGAAAGGCUUGACACCAGAUCAGAUAGGUGAGAUUUUGACACCAGAUCAGGUAGAAGAGAUUUUUCUUGAUCCAGUGAGUUUCAACUUCUUGCAAGAAGCCGCGUCGGUAAGUGAAAUAACUCUGGUUGCAAGCGUGGAAAACUCUGACGCCGAACCACAAACCCAAACCAACUGUGGCGAGCAGACCUUGCACGAGAUUUAUCCUAAAGACUUCAAUGACAUGAUGACGCUCUACUCCUGCAAGCCGGGAUUUCGGUCUUUGAGGAAACGCAGCUAUGGCACGCUUUUCAUAAGUGCGCUCUGCGACGCGGUUGCAGAAAAUGGCUACCGUUACAAUGUGGAUAGACUUUAUUGUGACAUUGAGGAGAGGAUGAGAGUAAAAUGUGCAGACGACAGUGAGUCUCUUGAAGGAUUUGAUCCAGACAGAGAAAGUUCGACCUUCAGAACAUGCUAUCUCUUCUGAACGUUUAUGGAUUCGACCUUUUAUCAAGAGCAAGUCACCAGCUAUCAAUAUCUUUUACAGAACAAUACGCAGCUUACACAACUCGAACAGCAAACAAGAACACACCCACGCGGCAAUCACCACCAACACAGACAACAUCCCCACCAGACAAGCACAAGCAAACAUCCUAAUACAACACUACGCAAACAUAAGUAGGUUACCCAAAUACAAAGAAGACAGACGCAUCAUCAGACGCCAAGAAAAAUUUCCACUAGACCCAACAGCUACCCUAGCCACUACAAACAACACCAAAAGGGUCAUACAACAAAUUAAAAACUCUUCCGCUGCUGGGCCCGAGAACAUUACAAACAUACACCUUAAACACCUUGGCCCACACGGAAUCACGACAUUUACAAACAUUGCCAACUUCUCCUACUCACACUCCAAAAUACCAUACAUCUGGAAAAUUGGCAAAAUAAUCACACUUCUCAAACCCAACAAACCACCCACUGAGGCCGCCUCAUACAGACCAAUCACACUCCUCUAUACACCAUCAAAAGUCAUGGAGCGCCUCAUACUGAACACAGCCACUCCGCACAUUACACUUUCUCCAACACAACACGGAUUCAGACCUCACCACUCGACCACAACACUACUUACAAACCUCACACAAAGCAUAAACAAUGGCAUCAACUCCCGCAAACCUGCACACAGAACACUACUACUUAAAAUAGACAUCAGUAAAGCCUUUGAUGCCAUGCCUCGCCUCCCUCUCACAAACAAAAUUUACAACACCACACUACACAACAACUACAAAUGCUGGCUUGCCAAUUACUUAUCAGGCAGACAAGCAUACGUACACUACUCAGGCAAGUCAUCACACACAUCACUCAUACCCAACGGAGUCCCACAGGGCUCCGUCCUAUCACCCUCACUCUUUAAUCUAUACAUGCACGACAUACCCGAACCACCUCCAAACAUCCACAUUGCAUCACUUUCAACAUUGUCAGACCAAGAACGAUUCUGAUUACUGACGCACCGCGCACGUCAACUAAUCUUCAUCGAAUGCGGCUUGAGAGAGGUUUAACACCUAGAUACUCACCCGACCAGAGCAGGAUGUGCACUGAGACCCAUGUACAGUUAGCAGCAGCUAGCCCUGUGGACAAGUCUACAUGCUGCGCACUUACACGUUCGCACAUCGCACUUACACGUUCGCACAUCGCACUUACACGUUCGUUCGUCUUCUAGCUUUGAACGUCAAGUUUCAAGGCUUUAAUCAGUUAAUUCUGAACGUUUCUGGACAAGAUUUACGACCACUCUUGAGGUCUGAGCGAGCCCAUUUUUUUAUCUCUUGCAGCGUGGAGCUUCUGCAUGACUGCGUAGAGACGCAAACAGCUUUCGAAAAAGUCGUUUCAGAAUUUUAUUCACGGAUUAAUUUGAAUGUUCUAUACAUUGAUUCAGCAUAGAAGUAUACUCCAAGAAUAGCUUAGGUAUUCAUUUAAGCAUUAUCUAUAAUAUUCUCUAUCCAAAAAUAUGCUGUCGAGAAAAUUCGUUUUUCAGCAUAUUAUAUGAUAAUGAUUAUGGAUUAACAGAUUCAUUACACACUGUCAUCAUAUUUAUCAUAUAUUCACCAUAAGUUUUGUAUGCACAAUUCUCUUUAAAUUUACACUCUAUUAUCUAUUAAGGUUGGUAGUACAUCAUUAUUGGUAACGAUGUGAUUCUAUCAUUUCUUUGUUCACAAACGCUCUAUUUUUAUUGUAUUCGCUCAUCCUCCAUUGUUCACACGUUCUCGCAGUGCCCCUAAUUAACACAUUCCCUGUUAUUCCUUUACUCUCACAUUCUCUGUUCCCUGACACACGGUCCCCGCUAUUCCCUUACUCACAUAUUCUCUGUUAUGCCCUUAAUCGAAUAUUCCUGUUAUUCCUUCACCCGCAUAUUCUCUGUUAUGCCAUUAAUCACAUAUUCUUUUCGUAUUUUCAUAAAUAUUUUGCACUUA